GACAGUCUGCAAGAGAGCAGAGAGUCAAGGCAGGUUUCUGAGGAGUUCUGCUCUGCUGAAAACCCAGAGAACAGCUACCACCUUUACAGCAACCAUGGGAGAGAAUGCUGAUGGUGACCAGGUCAUGGAGAAUCUGCUUCAGCUGAGAUGUCACUUCACAUGGAAGCUGCUAUUUGAAAAUAAUGACAUACCUGAUUUGGAAGUGAGAAUCUCAGAGCAGGUCCAGUUCCUUGACAUCAAGAACCCAUUGGGGAUGCACAACCUCCUGGCCUACGUGAGGCACCUGAAAGGCCAGCAGGACGAAGCCCUGCAGAGCUUGAAAGAAGCUGAAGCCUUGAUCCAGAGCGAGCAGCUGAGCAAGAGAAGCCUGGCGACCUGGGGCAACUGUGCCUGGCUGCAUUACCACAGGGGCAGCUUGGCAGAAGCCCAGAUCUACCUGGACAAGGUGGAGAAGGUGUGCAAGGAAUUUUCAAGUCCCUUCCGCUACAGGCUGGAGUGUGCUGAGAUGGACUGUGAGGAAGGCUGGGCCUUGCUGAAGUGUGGAGGAGGAAAUUAUAAACAAGCCAUGGCCUGCUUUGCGAAGGCUCUGAAAGUGGAGCCAGAAAACCCUGAGUACAACACUGGCUAUGCAGUCGUAGCCUAUCGCCAAGAUUUAGAUGACAACUUUAUUUCUCUAGAACCUUUGAGGAAGGCUGUCCGGUUAAAUCCAGAAGAUCCAUACCUUAAAGUUCUCCUUGCCCUAAAGCUUCAGGAUUUAGGAGAACAUGUUGAAGCAGAAGCACACAUUGAAGAAGCCCUCAGCAGCACAUCUUGCCAAAGCUAUGUCAUUCGCUAUGCAGCCAAAUAUUUCCGUAGGAAACAUCGCGUAGACAAAGCUCUUCAUCUUCUAAACAGGGCCUUGCAGGCAUCACCUUCCUCUGGCUACUUACAUUAUCAAAAAGGGCUCUGCUACAAGCAACAAAUCUCCCAACUGAGGACAUCCCGAAACAGGCAGCCCAGAAGGCAGGACAAUGUGCAAGAAUUGGCACAACAGGCCAUUCAUGAAUUUCAAGAGACUUUGAAACUGAGGCCCACAUUUGAGAUGGCCUAUGUUUGCAUGGCUGAAGUGCAGGCAGAAAUUCACCAGUAUGAAGAAGCAGAGAGAAAUUUCCAGAAGGCACUGAACAACAAGACCCUCGUGGCUCACAUAGAGCAGGAUAUUCACCUCCGCUAUGGCCGUUUCCUACAGUUUCAUAAGCAGUCAGAAGACAAGGCAAUCACCCUCUACUUAAAAGGUCUAAAAGUGGAAGAGAAGUCCUUUGCUUGGAGGAAACUACUGACUGCUUUGGAGAAAGUGGCUGAAAGACGUGUUUGUCAGAAUGUUCAUCUUGUAGAGAGUACCAGCCUUCUUGGGCUAGUCUACAAACUGAAAGGACAAGAGAAAAAUGCUCUGUUUUACUAUGAGAAGGCACUGAGGCUCACUGGGGAAAUGAACCCUGCAUUCUGAAUGCAGCUCACCUCUGUGACGUUAAUAUACUCACAACCAAGUGUUCCAAUGCUCCUUCCUGAUUUCUUUUCCCAGGUCUGUUUUGUUGUUGUUGUUGUUCGUUUUCUUUCUGAAAUGCCAAGUAGCAAGGUACAUUUUCUCCUGUGACUUCUUUCUGGUCUUUCUGACCCUGUCUAGCAGGCAAUUCCAUCCCAAGGAUACAUACUCACUUAAAGAUCACAACUGAUUCCUGCUGUUUUGGACUCCUGUGAGCUGUAGAAUCACACAACCUUUUUCCUUAUGUCUGUGCCUUUGGAACAGAUAUCUUCCACCCUUUGCUAAUGUCCUGGACAAAAAAGUCUUUGCCAAAGAAGGUAUUUUUUUUUUAAUGUCACCGGAAAUGCUUAUUACCAUACAAUUUCAGAGCAAAACAAAUGAGCAAAGAAGAAAGUUUGAAAGCAAAAGAGGUCACACAUUACUGGAAAGAUACUAAGAACCAAGAAGACUUUUGGCUUACUAGAGAAUUAAAAUGAAAACCCUCCUUAGGUAGUAAAGUCUGAAAAUUACAUAAAUAACUUCUUUCAAUAUUUAUAUGCUAAAAGUAUUCAUUGAAAGUGACCAAAAUAGUUAAAGCCAAAACCAACAAAAAAAAGAAAGAAAGAAAGAAAGAGAGAAAAGAAAAGAAAAGAAAAGAAAAGAAAAGAAAAGAAAAAAAAGAAAAGAAAAGAAAAGAAAAAAAGAAGAAGAAAGAAAAAAAAAGAAAGCGACCCACAAAUAACAAAUUUGGUGUAGUCUAUUAAUGUUGUGCAUUAUAAAGGAUGCACCUCUAUGUUUGAGCAGUUUCUUGGUUAUCUUUUAUCCUCAGCUUGAUAUAUCCUGGGACAUCUGAAAAGAGCUGCUUGCACCACACUAGCUUGCAGGCAUAUUGUGGCACUUUUAUCCUGGAUUCCUGACUGUUGUCGUAUGACACAGUCAACUGUGAGUGCUUCCAUCCCUACGCAGGUAGUCUUGGCCUAUAUAUGAAAUCUUGCUGUGCAUGUGCCAAUGAAUGAACCAGCAAGCAGAAUUACUCCAUGAUUCCUACCCAGUUUCCUGCCUUGACUUUUCUGCCCUGAGUUUCCUCCCUGAUGGAUUAUGAUCUCUAAGUGUAAGUCAAAUAAACAUAUUCCCCUC